CCCAGUCGUUCCGACGUCUGUGGUUCCAUGGAUUUGAUGCCAAGAAUCAACCCCACCAGAGCUCAUCUCACCCCACCUCUUCCAAGGGAUUCUUCUCCAAUCCUGUGGAACAAUCAACAACAUUCGAGGAUCACCGAACUUCCGUUCCUUAACCAGCAGGAAUAUCUUUCCUAUUUGAUCGAUCACAUCUACUUUUAAGAUUUACAAACUAAGAUUCAUACCCAUUCCAUCUUCAGCCAAUCCUAACCUCUAUCCCACCGAACAACCCGUUUGUCCUCCUACUUGCGCCUACCGUCCUCCCACCAACCCUCUUCACUGUCAUUCUCCUAGCUUCCUGUCAAAUCAUUCUUUGGCACCUCAUACAUCUGCCAUCAACAUGGCAGAGCCCCUCCCACAGCUCUUUGGCGUAAUACCCACCGGCGCACCCUGCAUAACCCGCCCAACAUCCGCACCUUCACCGACCUCGUUUGUUUACGUCCUUCCCACCGGACCCAAGCCAUUCUCACAUAUCGGUAAAUCUCUCCCUCUCGUUUUCUUAUUACUUUCCCUCCUCUAUUCACAGACCAACAGAACCAAAGCUAACACCACACCCUCUCAAAAAGUCGUAUUCCUCCUCCCCGGCAUAACCCUCCCCCCCUCCACCGCAGCAGCAGUCUACAUCUCCCUCCCCACUCCACCCACCAAUCCUCCCUCCUCGCAACCCCCUCCACCAACAUUCAAGUUUCUGGGUGGUAUCGGCCCCGGGAAAGAGAGCGCUGUAUUCAAGAUCUCUGGGUUGGGCAACGCUUCGUCUUCCCAGAGUGCUGGUGGUGGAGGAGGAAUUGCAGAGGUAGAUAUGGACGCCGACGAAACCUCUCCUGCUACUGCUGUCGGAGGAGGAGGAGAAAUCACACUCGGCAUAUCCCUCGAAAGCGCCGACUCAGUAUCCUCUCAAAUGGCCGCUCUCCAAUCCCAAUCCCAGCCCUCCACCACCUCCUCCGCGCUCGUUCUCGCCAACUCAGCAGCAGGAGGAAACAACAACAACAGCGUCAAGAAACCAAAUACGCUGUUACUAGCGCAGCGGAUCAUCAAGAACGCAUUUAAUUUCCUGGCUAGUUUCAGUGGGAAUGUUAAUGGUGGCGUGGAGGUCGUGCCGCUGAAGGCGUUUGAGGAGUGGUGGAGGAAGUUUGAGGGAAGGGUGAGGAGCGAUCCUGGGUUUUUGGAGAGGAGUGAUGGGGAUUGAGAUUCGGGGAGGGAGUAAGUGAGAGUGAGAGUGAGAAAGAGUCGAAUUCGUGUGGGCCGGACUGGAUUGUAAUGAUAUGGGCGGGUAUUGACCUUUUGGAGGUAGGAAGUGAGGUAGCUAGAGAGGGAGAAAGAGAUGGAGGAAGAAAUGGUAUGGUCAGUGAUGACAGCUACUGAAAGAAGGAACCGCUGGGGGAUAGACAGCUGGAUUAGAGACGAGAGAUUGAAGCGAGCUGGGAAGGGAAUCGAGAUAUCGGAAACGGAAGCAUUUGAGGACUGCAAUGAAGCGCAAUGUACUAAGUAGCAAGACAAGGAGACCAGACAUUUAGUUACCAUAGCGGUCGAUAUGUAGAUGCAACGCAGGAGGGAAAGAUUCAAGUCAAGCUCGGAGCAUUAUGGAGUACAAUUACAGCGAGUCUCCAUCUCAACACCCCUCAAAGCGAAAUAGAAAGCGUGUUUACAAACACUUACAGCAUCUGAAAAUAAGUGAAGGAAGAUAGACAGACGAGG